GGAUAGUUCACAUUUCCCAGGCGCAUCAUCAGGGCUGACGUGGGCUCUACGUGUGCAGCGAGUCGGGCUUCCUCUUCACCCGUAACGAGUGACGAGACUCUACGUAGAACUCGGGCCGAUCACCAUGGAAACUGCAACCAUAGCGCAACAGGAAGCCAGUGCAACUCAGAAAAUAACAAGUGAGAUACAGUCAGAUUCUGACUCACUCACACAGGUGAACGAAGGUGUAGCUGUGGUGUCAUUACCUAAUGGACAGCCACUACAAGUGCAGGGAGUCAUUCAGUCAACACAGCCCUCUGUUAUACAGUCACCUCAGAUACAAACUGUGCAGGUAGCUUCUGAUACUGCCGGUCCGGGUACAACUCCAUCAGAUUCUCAGAAGAGGAGGGAGAUUCUGUCCAGACGCCCGUCAUAUAGGAAAAUUCUUAAUGAGUUGUCAUCAGAUGUACCUGCUGUGCCAAAGAUCGAGGAAGAGGAGAGAGUUGAGGAAGAAGCCCCGCCCACCUCUAGUGUUGCUACGGUGACGGCACCAUCUUCAGUCUACCAGACCAGCUCUGGGCAAUACAUAGCAUUCACUCAGGGUGGAGCGAUACAGCUGACCGGCCCUGGAGGAGAGGCCUUGCAAGGGGUUCAGGCUCUGACUCUUCCCAGCCCUGCCACACCCCAGCCCGGGGCCACUAUCCUGCAGUACGGCUCCCAGCCUGGAGACCCUGGCCAACAGCUACUGCUAAGUGCUGGACAGGUGCUCGUUCAGGCUGCCACAGGAGACAUGCCAGCGUAUCAGAUCCGCUCCCCGUCGUCCGGGUUACCACCAGGUGUCGUCAUGGCAGCGUCGCCGGGGGCCAUGCACAGCCCACAGCCAAAUGCAGAGGAGGCCACACGCAAGAGGGAAGUCCGCCUGAUGAAGAACAGGGAGGCGGCGCGUGAGUGUCGCAGAAAGAAGAAAGAAUAUGUCAAGUGUUUGGAGAAUCGCGUCGCUGUGCUGGAAAACCAGAACAAGACUCUCAUAGAGGAGCUCAAAGCUCUCAAAGACAUCUACUGCCACAAGCCAGAAUAGCCCUCACAAACACUGCGCAAGGACUGUGUGAUACACAAACUACCUGUCUCCUCUCUUCUUCUGUCGCACCGCCUGGAUUUGAUCGUUUUCGCUCGUUUGUUUAGCCAAAUGUUUUUUUAUAAGAAGUUGCUAACGUUGCUUUGAGGAUGCUGAGGUCUUCUGCUGUCUGCAGUUUAUCCUCUUUCUCUCUCACACACACACACAUUUUAAGAUUGGCAUAUAUUAUUCCUCUUCUCUGUGUUGCGAAAAAACUGGAACUCUUCAUUGAUAUGUGUGGAAAAUGUAUGUGCUUUACUUUAAGUUGAACUCAAGAAAUGCAAAGAUCAUUUAGUAGAUGUUCACUGGUUGCACACUGCUCACGUAGGCAGCAUGUUAACAGUUUUGGCGCAUAAAUUUGGAGAAAAUACGCUGCAAGCCCAUUUGAAGCAACAUAAAAUAAUGGAGUGAUAUACUUAUUAACUGUUUGAUGCAGGUUACAUUUGUAGUAGAUGUUUAUUGGAUGUAUGUUGGGUCCUUUUCCUCAUGUAAAUUAGAUUUCAAUCACAUUUGUACAUUUCAAUAUUUAUUUUAUAAUAUGGUUUAUUAAUAAAUAAAUAAAUAAAUAAGUUAAUGUAGUACCCCAGAAAUCACUAUAUUUUCUGUAUAGAUUCCAGAUUCAGGUCAUGCUGUUUAUGUGUGCAGUGUGAAACACAAGUUUCCACAUAGUAGUUUUUAAAUCUGUGAAAUUAUGUGUGUUAGAUGGAUUAAACUGUUUUAAGUUGUUAAUUAGCAGUCAUGAGCUCAUGGCUGAAUGUAACAGUGACACAUAACUUCGCCAAGAAACGUGACAUAAUGUUGAUGAUUGCAUGGUGACAUGGUGCUUAAAGGGAUAGUUCACCCGAAUAUGUUGUGUGCACUAUUUUUCUUCUGUGGAAAACAAAAGAUGAUUUUUUUUUGUUUAAAUGUCACAUUGCUGUUGUUUUUUGACCAUGCAACCAAAGUGGUGUCCAAUGUUUUUGACCCUGUUGUUGUUCUUCAAAAUAUACUCUUGUUUUCCACAAAAGAAAGUCAUACAGGUUUAGAAUGACAUGAGGGUUAGGUAUGUUAAAUGAUGGCAGAAAUUUUAAAAUCUCUUUUAGACGGCUCUUAACUCCCUUUAUUUAUAUUAUAUCACACAGAUUUACUUUUAUUCAUUCAGCACACUUUUAUUCAAAAAGUGUACAAAUAAGAAAAAACAUAAGCACAAGCACACCUCUGUCAAUUGCCUCAUGUCUGUAAUUUAAAGUGUUUGUUAAUAUGCAGACAAACUAUAAUUUAGUAGGUUUGGUUUGAUCCAUUUGUUGGUUGAUUGCUCUGUUUGUUUGAGCAUCCCAAAAUAGCAACAUUGGAUCAACCAAUGGAGUGAGUUUGAGGCGGAGCUACCCAUUUGAAAAUAUUAUUUUUAUAUAUAUAUAGGCUAUAUAUAGCCUAUCUGUGCUCCGAUUGAUAAAAUGUGAGGAACAGUACAUUUUGCAUGGUGAAGGAAGGACAGUGGUGUAACAUUAUGAAUUGUGGAUGUUACUUACAUGUAGGUGAAUGUCACAAAAAUUGCUUUUGAUGUAAUAUUAUAUAUUAUCUCAGUACUAGUGAAUUUCUUUUUCAUUGUUUAUUAUAAUAUUAGAAGUGAAGUAUGGAAGUAAAGAGCUAUUUAUGAGUAAUAUAAGUGCUAGUUCUUUAAGUCAGACAGGUGGCACUAACUCAUAUUUCAGCUGUUGGGAUGCCUAUGUGUGUGUGUGUGUGUGUGUGUAUCUUCUGUUUAUCAGAUUGCUAGUCAUCAUGACUUCAUCUUCACUUACAGCCAAUCAUGUUUCUGUGUUUUGACGCUGUUCUAUUUUAUGUAGUCUGGUCAGAAAAUGGAUUUGGUUUGAUAUAUAAAUAAUAGAUUAUGUUUUCAAUUAACCUCUUAAUUAGACUCUUAUUGAUUGAUGUUAAUAUAACAUCAAGAUUGUAUGCCCUGCCUUUCUUUAACACUGUACAGAGCGCUGACAUCUAUUUUUAAUAAAAUAUUUUUGUAAAUGUA